AUGCCGGGCCAAACGCUUGUAGACGCCAUGAAGAGCAGCGACAGCGCCGUGAACUUUUUGAUACAGCUACUUCAGAAGUUUCUCGCCAUUUCUUCAGUGGAGGAGUACAUUACUUGGGCCGAAGCUUCAUCUUCAAAGGGAACGAGACAGCUUCAACUCACGCUUGAGCUUCCCGGCUUGAGCACUUCCAUUAGCGAUGAUUGCAAUGUGGCUGGAUUGAAUGCAAAGCAGGCGCGAAGGGCAGUGCAGCGGAAAAGGAACGAGAUGACGAUAGAGCUCAUCAAUGACCACAUGCAUUUCUUCAGCCCGGCCUGGGACGCAGUGAAGGACAUGCGCACUGCGAGGCAGAAGCGACGGUUUCAGCAUUGA